UUGGACCAUCCAAGCUGGAGGGUAUGGAGCAGUCCUACAGGUCUACAAUCUCCAUCUAUAAGAGUAUCCUGGAACAGUUUAACCCGGCUCUGGAGAAUCUGGUGUACCUGGGUAACAAAUAUGUGCGAGCUUUCCAUGCAUUAUGUGAGGCUGCUGAUGUCUAUUUUACAGCAAUUCAGAAGAUUGGGGAGCAAGCCCUACAGAGCUCUACCUCGCAGAUAUUGGGUGAAAUUUUGAUACAGAUGUCCGACACCCAAAUGCACUUGAACCGCAACCUGGAAGUAGUUGCCCAGAGCUUUCAUGUAGACUUGCUGCAGCAAAUGGAAAAAAACACCAAACUGGAUAUGCAGUUCAUCAAUGACAGCCGCCAGCGAUAUGAGAAGGAAUACCGAAGGAGAGCUGCCAACCUCGACAAAUGCAUGUCAGACCUAUGGAGAAUGGAAAGAACGCGAGACAAGAAUGCCCGAGAGAUGAAGGAAAACAUGAUGCUCUUGCGCACGGAGAUGCAAGUUUUUGUCAGUGAAAGUCAACAGGCCGCUGAGCUGGAGGAGAAACGCCGCUAUCGUUUUCUAGCAGAGAAGCACCAUUUACUAUCCAAUACCUUCCUUCAGUUCUACAACAGGUCCCGGGGCAUCAUCCAGAACAAGUCACCAUUGUGGAAGGAGCAGUUGGAGGCCAGCCGCAAUCCUGUCCCAACCUUGCUUAGCGCUCCCCACAGCCAAGGCCACCCGUCAGGCCGCCUGACUCCUACCCACCUUGAGACGCCUCAGAGACCCAUGAGUGAUUUCAGCACACUGAUGACAGGACGAAGCUCCAGCCCUUUCCCCCAGGAGACUGUGGAAAUUAUGCCUUCUCCUCAGACAGAACCAAAGAGGAGAUCCCUGCCAAGAACGUCUUCUGCUGGUUCCCUCUCCACCGGCCAACGUUCUCGUUCUAGCUCCUUUGGAGAGCAGGCAGGAGGAGGGAAAGAAGCAGGGAGCAAAGAGGAGAACAGCAAUAGUGUGCUGAAAGUCCGAGCGAUAGCACCUCACUCUGCUGGUUCCAACCGGACUCUUUUGCAGUUUAGCCUUGGAGACAUAGUUAUCGUGUUGAUACCAGAAGCACAGAAUGGCUGGCUUUAUGGCAGGCUGGAAGGCACAUCCACGAGUGGUUGGUUCCCUGAAGCUUUUGUGAAGCCAUUGGAGGAGGUGAGAGAACCCGAGGAGAACAUCCCCAGACCUUUUCCUCUGCGGAGCAGUCAUAGUGUGGAUGAGCUCAUUGAUCGGCCAAGUGCCCCAUCUACAGGCGAUUAUUGGCACACUCCUACCAGACCCCAGUCGCCAAGCCCUUCUCCUGCUUUGGUGGCGGCUGGCAGUCGUAGAAGCAGUGUGGCUAAUACUGCAGCCACCACCUCAGACUCCAAGAAGUCAACAGGAAGAGAGCAUCCACCAGAACUGUUCCCCAGGGGCACUAACCCUUUUGCCACUGUGAAGCUGCGCCCAACUGUGACCAAUGACCGAUCAGCACCCAUCAUCCGGUGAAAGCUGGCUGGGUUUGAGUGGGUGAAUGGCACAGAAAGCUGUACAGAGCAAUCCUUCCUGUUUCAGAGUUUAGGUUGGCAUUCCCUUGGAAUUGUUUUCUCACAA